CCGCUGAGGCACUAUCACAUGCUCUUCUUUCACAUGCAUCUGCGUGGGCGCAAUUCUCACCUUGCGCUGUAGCGACAACGACAACAUCAUCUCAAUCCACCAGGCACUGCAGCAAUCGUUGAAGUCGCCUGUUGCUCCAAACAGAGUCCACGCCCACGUCCACGCCAACACUCCAUCAAUCGUGCCGCAUCUCGAGUCUAGACCCAUUGUCGCCGCCAUUCUCCACUCGCUCCCGUCGCUCAAUCACCACGACACAAUAGCAGACAUCUCCGCUUCCCCAAUUAUAGUCUGUCAAUAGAAGGAGACAAUCAGCAGCAGGACGGCUGGCAAUGGUGGUGAACGCAUGAAACACAAUGACAAUCCAGUCACCGCGAGCCCUCCGGACAAUCUUGAACGCUCACCAUAAGAAGCACCCAAACAUUCGCAUAACGUCCAAUCUUCAAGAACAUCAGACACACUGGCGGCGGCUCAGGUAGCACGAUCGGCAGGCCUGCCCAGAGCCAUGGACAACCCGUACCACCACCACCAAGGGCAGCAACCCCAAAGUAUCGACAUGUUGGCCGUGUAUGGCGGUGCGAAGGAGUUCUCUGGCGAUUCCUUCAGCUUCGACCUGAGCCAGGUGCCUCCAUCCGGGCAACCUCUGCUGUCCGGAUCCGAGCAGAACCUCAUUGCCGAUUUCUUCACACACCCUGACGACUUCUCCAGCGGCAAGCAUGUUGCGUUCGGAUAUUACGAAGAGCCUUCAACAAACACCGCCGGGGGUAGCAACGCCGCAGAGCACCUCGCGCCUUCGCAUUCACUUCAGCAUCCCAACGUUUUGCAUGACACCAAUUUCGGCUACACCCACAACCAGGGCCACAACAGCAAUAAUGUGGGCAGCCAGUUUCGCAGCGAUGAUGCCACACGCAAGUCCAAAAGCUACUCAGCGAACGAGAUAAACAGUAUGGCGACCUACAGCCAACAGGCAAUGUCGCAAAAUGACGUGGCGGCUGCCACUACCCUCAGCGGCUUUCGCAACAACGCAUCUAACGAAGGUUUCACACUGGACGGUGCGAGCUGGGGCGCCAUGAGUAUGUCAGGUCUGAACGCAAGUAGUGCAGGCGGCUUUGGCAGCGACCGACAGUGGCUACAUAGCUCCGUCCCGCGAACGGCUCCUAACAACGCCCCACCGCGGGACAGCGGUGGCAGUCUCGUUGAAAUGGUGAUCGGAGACAUGCACCGCAGCGCAUACGUACCCACAACAGCACCUCAAAGUGCCAGACCCUUUGGCACUUUCGGCAGCGAUACGAGUUUUUCGAACGGCAACUUCGCCGGUACUGCCACCGAUCACAGCCAGAAGGUUGGAAAUCUAUUAGGCAUCCCUCUAGCUCCUCAAGCAGCUGGAAUCCCACCAAAUAAUGGCCACGACCGAUUUCGCCAAGACGUGCCGGCGGACCAUGGAUCGCAACCCCACCACAGCCAGCAGUUCGCUCCGCAGUACAGCACCGCAUGGAAUGGCGCAGGACCGUAUUCGCAGCAAGGAUCCAACAAGCGGCCUAACAGCAACAGUGCGAGCGGCGUGAAGCAGGAGUACGACGAGGGAGACGACGAUGAAGGCGACGGUGGCGCGAGAAAGCGGCGCAAGUCGAUGGCAACUCCUUUUCAACCAACUCAUACGGCGAUGUACGCUCAACAGUACCCCAUGCCCCCGCCUCAGAUGCCAUACGCGAACGGUCCGAUGACGCUCCCCGUACACGACGUGCGACGUGGCCCGCCCCGCAAGAAGGAGAAUCUCACGGACGAUCAAAAACGAGCAAACCACAUCGUUUCGGAGAAGAAGCGCCGCGAGAUCAUCAAUCAAGGCUAUCGCGAUCUCAAUGAGCUCACGCCAGCUCUUGCGAUGGGCAAAUCUGGCCUUUCGCGCUCCGAGUGCCUGACAGAGAUAAACAACUACCUCUAUGCGCUGCAACUCGCAAAUGCCCGCAUCAUCAAGGACCUACAGCUGGAUCCCGCUGCCUUUGCGAUAGCCCCGCCGGCGGGUCAGACCAGUGGCUACUGAGGACACAUCAUUUCAUCUGCUUCGAGCUAUGUAUGUUAAGUGUAUAUCGCUACACCUCACACACGACCGCCACGACCUGGUUUACGAAUUAUCGCACUUUACGAUCCGAAAAUUUCCGACAUAUUUCUUAAUUUGCUUGCUCUACGACUUGGCCGUUUGAUACCACCAACAGGCGUCUUCUUCGAUAAAUGGGGCAGUGGGAGUUGUAUGGGUAUACCCGAACUGGACAUAGUGGUUGGCAAACGGCGUUUCUUCUUUCUUACUUCUUAUGACGACACAGCCGAGGACGAUACCAUAUAGAUGGAUGGGCGGCUUUAAUUCCUCGGCGCGAAAAGGAUGACGGUGCUAUGUCACCGCUGUAUACACACAAGACAGAAUCGAGGUCGCGGUGAUGCUCCAGAUUUGGGCUUGGCUACUUGCCAACGCUUUGCGAGCAAAGCUGCCACGGCCAUUUGGAAGUCUGCUGAGAGAGCGACUUGUUGCUAGAGCACAUGCUAUUCAUGUGUUCUUGUGCUUCCCCUUAUGGGAGGCUGCAUUUCAGCGUAUCUAGUUUCAGACUGUAUACAGAGGGCUUCUCGAAUGACCGAAC